AUGGGCCCAAUUCCGAAACUGCCCCUUGUCUUCCUCAUCACCACCCUCCUCUUUCUCACCACAUUCAUUGGGUUAUCCGAAUCCAACUCGGACCAGGUCGCCGAACUCCUUUCCCUCCAAGCCCGAUCCAAAUCUGGCGUGAUCCGCCUCGACGACCACUCACUCUCUCGAUUUCUGACCUCCGUCAAAACCCCAAGGCCCUACUGGGUUCUCAUCUUCUUCGACGCCGCAAAGCUCCACGACAAGCAUGAGCUCCAUCUCAAGGAGCUCCGCAGCGAGUUCGCUCUCGUCGCUUCGUCUUUCAUCGAGAACAAUGAAGACCCAUCGUCUUCUUCUCACGCCAAGUUGUUCUUCUGCGACAUCGAGUUUCAAGACUCGCAGCACAGCUUUGCCCAAUUCGGAGUCAACUCGUUGCCUCACAUUCGCCUCAUCGGACCCAACCACAGCCUCAAAGAAUCCCAGCAAAUGGACCAGGGCGAUUUCUCGAGAUUGGCUGAGUCAAUGUCCGAGUUCAUCGAGUCCAAGACCAAACUCGUCGUGGGUCCGAUUCAGCGCCCUCCGAUGCUAUCCAAGAAGCAAGUUAUGUUCGCUACCAUCGCGUGGUUGAUUUGGUUACCCUUUAUUGGGAGGAAGAUCAUCAGUGGCAAGACUUUGCUUCACGACCCAAGAAUUUGGUUAUCUGGGGCUGUCUUCAUUUACUUCUUUAGCGUCUCGGGCGCUAUGCAUAACAUCAUUAGAAAAAUGCCCAUGUUCUUGGUUGAUAGAAAUGACCCUUCAAAGCUCAUAUUUUUCUACCAGGGCUCCGGAAUGCAGCUUGGAACAGAAGGCUUCACAGUUGGGUUCUUGUACACCAUUGUUGGGUUGUUGUUGGCAUUCCUCACCCGCGUGCUUGUUACCGUCCGCAAUGUCAAGGUGCAGCGUAUUGUUAUGAUUAUCGCGCUCCUUGUUUCGUUUUGGGCGGUGAAGAAGGUGGUCUACUUGGAUAAUUGGAAGACCGGUUAUGGAGUGCAUGCUUUUUGGCCUUCGAGUUGGAACUGA